CACUAUUUUCAAAUAACAUACACUCUGUUUGUGAAUGCAUUCAAAACACGUGUUUUUCAGUUUGCAAUUCAAUACACACUUGUGUUGAGACACAUCUCUUGUGGUUAUCAUUUGAAACGAGUCUUUAAUCGCGAUUAAAGACUUGACAAUCGGUUUAAUUGUCGCCUAAAUCUUCAUUUGGAUUCACUGCCCGAUAAGCGAUGGGAAGACCAGUCCACGCGGGGGUGGCUUUAGAGGCGGCGGACGCGGCGGCGGUGGCCGAGGAGGUGGUGGUCGCGGGGGAGGCGGCGGUGAUGGCGGCGACGGGUGUUUCAAAUGCGGCCAAAGCGGCCACUUUUCCAGAGAGUGUCCCACCGGUGGAGGCGGAGGAAGAGGUGGUGGAAGAGGAGGAGGAGGUGGUGGAGGCGGCGGCGGUUGCUUCAAGUGCGGCCAAGAGGGCCACUUCUCCCGUGAGUGCCCCACCGGUGGUGGCGGUGGAGGAGGCGGUGGUGGCAGCGGAUGCUUUAAGUGCGGACAAGAGGGGCAUAUGUCUCGCGAGUGCCCUCAAGGCGGCGGCGGAGGCUUUCGGUAACGGCGGAAGAGGCGGUACACCACGUGGUGGUCGCGGCGGUGGCCGCGGAGGCAGAGGUGGUUUUGGUGACAGAGGCGGCGGUAGAGGUGGUCGCGGAGGCCGUGGUGGAGGUCGAGGCGCCGGUGGCGGACGCGGAGGUUUCAGAGGCGGCAAGAAAACGAUUGUCGAACCCCAUCAACGUCUGGACGGUGUGUUCAUCUCCAGAGGCAAAGAGGACGCUCUGGUGACCAAAAACUUAGUGCCCGGAGAGUCGGUGUACGGCGAGAAGAGAGUGUCCAUCGAUGACGAGGCCGGAAAAGUUGAGUACAGAGUGUGGAAUCCGUUUCGAUCCAAACUCGGAGCAGCCAUUCUCGGCGGUGUCGAAGACAUUCACAUCACUCCCGGCUGUAAAGUGCUGUAUUUGGGCGCCGCGUCCGGCACUACAGUCUCCCACGUGUCCGAUAUUGUCGGACCCGAAGGCCGCGUAUACGCCGUCGAGUUCUCUCACCGUUCGGGUCGAGACCUGUUAGGUGUGGCCCAAAAGCGGCCCAACAUUGUGCCCAUCAUCGAAGACGCGCGACACCCGCAUAAGUACCGAAUGGUGAUGUCGAUGGUGGACACGAUCUUCGCCGAUGUGGCCCAACCAGAUCAGGCGCGUAUCGUUACCCUUAACGCUCAGCAUUUCCUUAAGAUUGGCGGACAUGUCGUCAUCUCUAUUAAGGCCAAUUGUAUUGACUCGACGGCACCGGCAGAGGCUGUGUUCGCACAGGAGGUUAAGAAAUUAGUUGAGGAUAAAGUGAAACCUCUAGAACAGGUCACUCUCGAGCCCUACGAGAGAGACCACGCGGUCGUUGUCGGCAUAUUUAGG